UCCAGUUAAUACUAGGCUAUUUGAUAAAAACCACAGUCUUAUGGGAACAAAAUACUUUACCUGUAUUGUACUCCGUGGCUGUGUCGGACGUAACUGCACCCAAAAUAAGAUUCUGACACAGAUUUCAUGAGGAUGGGUCUGCGCACGAUUACCUUCCGCCAGGUAGUCGAUACUCUAUCGAGGAAGAAAGUUGUCGAAUUUGAAAGUGGUACCAAAUUGGCAAAAGUUUUGACUACGUUAGAUUUGACAGCAUUAGGAGUAGGUAGCACUCUGGGAGUUGGAAUCUACGUGUUAGCAGGAGAUGUGGCUAAAAACAACGCAGGACCUGCAGUCACGGUAUCCUUUUUUAUUGCCGCUGUAACAUCUAUUCUGGCAGGUUUAUGUUAUGCAGAAUUCGGAGCUAGGGUGCCAAAGGCAGGAUCGGCUUAUGUUUAUAGUUAUGUCUGCAUAGGUGAAUUUUUCGCGUUUGUAAUAGGAUGGAAUUUAAUUCUGGAAUAUUUGAUUGGUUCUGCAACAGUUGUUAAAGCGUUAUUUCUCUAUAUCGACGAAUUGGCCAAUAAUGUUAUGUCCCAGUUCUUCCAAGAAAAUAUGCCUAUAAUGGAAGAAGGAGAUUUGGGACAAUACGCCGACAUAUUUUCCUUAGGUUUAUCCAUUGUGUUUUCUGUUGCGAUCGCAUUGGGAGCUAAGGAAUCUUCAUGGGUAAAUAACAUAUUUACUCUCAUUAAUUUACUUGUGGUGGUAACAGUUAUAAUCUCGGGGCUGUGGAAAGUUAACGCCUACAACUGGGCUAUUCCUCAAGAAGAAGUCCCACCAGGUGCCGGUACAGGCGGUUUUGUCCCAUAUGGCGCCCAAGGAAUUAUCACAGGAGCUGCCAGAUGCUUUUUUGCUUUUAUCGGUUUCGACUGUAUUGCCACAGCAGGAGAAGAAGCAAAAACUCCUAGCAAAUCUAUUCCUAUUGGUGUUGUAGCGUCACUGCUGAUAGUAUUCUUUGCCUAUUUUGGAAUAUCAACAAUUCUUACCAUGAUUUUACCGUACUACGCACAGCAUGAAAAAGCUCCUCUAACUCACAUCUAUGAUGUAGUCGGAUGGCCCGAACUGAGAGUGGUGGUAAGUGUAGGUGCUAUUUGUGGUCUGUUUUCAAGCCUAUUAGGAGCUAUGUUUCCGUUGCCAAGAAUUAUAUAUGCCAUGGCAUCUGAUGGACUUUUGUUUAAAGCACUAGCGAUUGUGCAUCCAAAGUUUCAGACACCCUUUAUGGGAACUUUGAUUGCUGGAAGCAUAGCAGGAUGUUUAGCUUGCAUUUUUGAUGUUGACAAAUUAGCCAACAUGAUGUCUAUCGGUACUCUGUUGGCGUACUCAAUGGUAGCCGCUUGUGUCCUUAUUCUGCGAUAUGCAGUAGACGACCCAGACAAAAAGUUCAAAGAUAAAGAAGGAUUUGCUUUAAAAGAGUAUUUUGUUCAAUUAUUUGUCAGAAAAUCAACAAUUCCAACAGCUAUGACUGCAUCUCUAGUCGCUUGGCUAGUGUUAGCUUACUUUUGCAUAGCUUUCAUCUUUUCUGGUUUGAUCACUGGUUUUGAAACAGACUUAGGAAAUGCAGAGCCCUGGCUGCUGUCCAUCCUUGCUAUUUUAGCUUUAAUUUUAAUUAGUUUAUUAGUGAUGGUGGCUCUUCAGCCCAAAUCUUCUGUAAAACUAACUUUCUCCGUGCCUCUGGUUCCUUGGAUACCAGGAAUUAGCAUUCUAGUCAACGUAUAUUUGAUGACCACUUUACCAACUCACACCUGGGAAUACUACGGUUAUUGGAUGCUUAUAGGUUUGGUUAUUUAUUUUGCCUAUGGUAUAUGGAAUAGCACUGAAAGAGCGUUCAAUAAAAACAAGCAAAAUAAAGAACAUGAGACUUUACCAGACAGAAACGAUAAUCUAAACGAUACGUACAUGUAGGCUAUUUAUGAUUAAAAUUUUCUAUAAAAAAAUUA